AAUGACUUUCAGAGGAAAUUGUUGAUAUAUGAAAUAAACUGGCGAAACCUGGCCGAAGAGUCCGAACGCUUUGUGCAUCCAUCCUCCGCUUUUAGUCAUGGGCAAUCAAAUCUCAGCAUUGAUGUCUGAUAGCAUUGUCUUCAGUCUUUUCUUGCGAAUAUCAUAUCUAGGCCUAAUUCUGUCGAUAAUCUAUGUUUUGGCAGCUUUGACCUACAACGUUUAUUUUCACCCACUCAAAAACUACCCCGGACCAUUGUCGUGGGCAGCGACGCGUAUUCCCUGGUGCUGGUACCAAUAUCACGGUGUCAAUUGGCGCAAAAUUCUUGAGCUUCACGCAAGAUAUGGACAUGUUGUGCGCAUUGGUCCGAACGAGCUUAGUUACACCUCCUCUGAGGCUUGGAGGAUUAUCUAUGGGCAUCGUGUUAUCGAAAUGGGAAAAGAUCCGGUGUUCUCGCUGCACACUCCAACUGGCGUUCAGAACAUCCUAGUAGCUGACCGUCCGACGCAUACAAGACAGCGACGACUACUUGCUCAUGCGUUCUCAGAAAAGGCGUUGCGUGAGCAGGAAGAGAUCCUUCAAUCCUAUACUGAUCAAUUGAUCCGUGGCUUAGAAGCCCGCCGGCAAGAUGCUGUCGACAUUGGUGCAUGGUUCAUGUUUACCACGUUCGAUCUGAUAGCCGAUCUGUCAUUUGGCGACAAUGUGGGCUGCCUCGAAAAGGGCGAGUAUGAUCCAUACGUGGCAGCAACACCAGCAAUUUCCAAGGAGUUGCAGUACUACCAGAUGCUAAAGUACUGGGGCAUCGCCUGGGCUCGAAAAUGGUUUAUGCCAACCUCUGUUGCUGGAGCCCGGAUGGCCAAUAUGAAGCGCGCCAUGAGUACGGUCAACAAUCGCAUCGAAAAAAAUGGUUCAGUGGAUCGAAAGGAUUUUUUGCACUACAUUCUUGCAGCGAAUGAUGAAAAGGGGAUGUCACGACAAGAAAUUGACGUUAAUGCGUUCUCGAUCAGCACUGCCGGUUCCGAAUCAACGGCCACAGCCCUUUCAGGUGCAAUAUUUUACCUCUUGCAACACCCGGCUUCUUAUGCGAGCGCCACGCGUGAAGUCCGCUCAGCGUUCCAUGCACCUGAGGAGAUCACCAUGAGCGAAGUCAAGAAGUUGAAGUACUUGAAAGCAGUUUUACAAGAAACUCUGCGCCUGUACCCACCCGUUGCUGUUACUUUGCCCCGUCGCGUUCCAGUUGAAGAGGACGGAGUAUUCAUUGCAGGUCAUCCUGUUCCAGCCGGAACAACAGUUGGUGUCAACUAUUAUGCUGCAUUCCAUUCACCUUACAACUUUCACCUUGCCGAGAAGUUUGCUCCUGAACGAUGGCUUCCAGAGCACUCAGAUCAUGCGCCCUACGCAAAUGACAAUAGAGAUGUAGUCCAGCCAUUCAGUUACGGACCGCGCAAUUGUUUAGGGAAGAAUCUCGCGUGGGCCGAGAUGCAGCUAAUUCUUGCAAGGGUGUUAUGGCAUUAUGAUAUUACAUGGCCCAAAGACAAGCUUGGAAGGCCAGAAGUUGAUGAAGGCUGGCAGUUAAACCAAAAACUGUACGGCUUCUGGGUCAAACCACCACUAAGGGUUUGCUUGAAGCCGGCCGAUGGAAUCAGGAAAUGAGAGCUUGAUAUGGGAUGUUCCUCUUUGGCAUACUAGGAGCUGAUCAGGAGAUUGAUUUGGGAGCUCAAGUUGCCAUAUAAUUCUAUGGCUGAAG